UGUAGCUAGCUUUACAUCACAUACUUUAUUGGUCUUGUUGAUAAAUGUAGCUAGCUUUACAUCACAUACUUUAUUGGUCUUGUUGAUAAAUGUAGCUAGCUUUACAUCACAUAUUAUUUGGUCUUGUUGAUAAGUGUAGCUACUGUAGCUAUACAUAACAUAUGAUUUGAUAAACACAUGUUGUUAAUUUCAGAUCAGAUUUUUUAACUAACUGGCAAAUUGACAUUGUUUUAUGAAAGAGAUAGUGUAUGUUAAUGCGAACUGGUGCACAUGUGACAAAGUCAGAUACAGAAAUAAGUCCAGGUUCCUUCAUGCAUUGAACAUAAUGAAUAAAUGUCAAGUAGUAUCAGAUGUGAAUUGUUCAUAUCAGCGUCAAAUGUACCCAGACGUUUUCCAACUGAAGGGAAAUUGAUUGUUACCAUAGUAAUAUGCAUUACAACCAAUAUGUCAUUGCAUAACCUUUUACUGCAGUGGGCUAAAUCAUUGUCACACAGUGAUUCUUGGUAGUCUUAAACAAAUAUACUUUGAAACAAAAGUAUAAAACCUCACACACAUGGUUAUGGGUUUAAAAAAAGGAAGACACCUGUACCACGUCAUAUAUAGAGUUGAAAUGUAUUACAUUUUGUGUUUGCAUCCCAAUAUUACACUUUAUAUACAUCACAGAAGACUGAAAUAUAACAAAACCGUUUGACAUAAAAACACUGGAUUUUCGGUGCGUAAAAAAAGAAUAUGUUGACUAAUUAUGAAAUUAUGAAAAAUAUGAAUAACAUUCCACCCUUGAGGCCACUAGACGGCAUUUCUGGUCAGUCGACUGCAGGAAAGGGCUACGACACAAUAUUAACAAACCCUUCUACAAAACCCUUUGUUCAUGAGAUCAACGUGUCUAACUUUCCCUGCUUUGCAGACUGACAGGAAGUCCAAGGACAGACAGAUCUGCAUCCCCCAUCAAAGUGCUCUUUGACAGCAUCCUUCUUUUCUUGGACAUAUUUGUCAAUGGAUACGUUGGGAAUUAUGGACGAUGGCUGCCUGUCAUCAGACAACUACCAUGACAUGGUGAAGGGAGGAGGGUCUAGCGGAGGAGGCCGGCUCCACAGCGCUGACCUGAUCCCGGGCUUCAGUAAGGACCAGUACCCCCUGCUCACUCCUGUAGGGUCCGAACGGACCCAGGAAAUGGACACUGAGGGCCUGGAGGACCACCAGGGGAAGCAGGGCCAGUCAGACCCCUACAGAUACCUGGCCAGCCUGGAGGACAGCACCCAGCACUCUGUCUUUCACGAGUCAGGCCUUUUCUCCAGGGACAAGUGUGACGGGGACCUGGGAGACCUCCCGAAGGGGGUGGACAGCGGGGAAAAGUCCCCUGAGCCUCCAAAGGAGGACCACCCUAAGAAGAAGCACCGGCGUAACCGCACCACCUUCACCACCUUCCAGCUCCAUGAGUUGGAGAAGGCCUUUGAGAAGUCCCACUACCCUGACGUCUACAGUCGGGAGCUCCUGGCUAUGAAGGUCAACCUCCUUGAGGUCCGUGUCCAGGUGUGGUUCCAGAACCGCCGGGCUAAGUGGAGACGUCAGGAGAAGAUGGACUCCAACUCAACAAAGCUCCACAACUCCCCCAUGCUGUCUUUCAACCGGUCGCCCAUGCCCUCCAAUGUGGGGCUCACGUCCAACCCAUUACCCCUGGACCCCUGGCUGGCCUCGUCCAUGACCAGCAGCAACUCAAUGCACACUAUCCCCGGAUAUACAGGCCCAGGGCAGGGCCCUCACCUUCAGCCUGCCUACCCCAGCCACUCCCACUCCCACAGCCAUAGCCAUAGCCACAGCUUCCUCGACAGUCCCCCAGGACAUGGCAUGGUGCACCAAGGAAUGGUACAGGGCAUGCAGGGGAUGCAGUCUGUGGCCCCACCACUCUACCAGUGCCUCUGCAGCUUCAAUGAUAAGUACCCUCUGCUAAGGACCUGGAACAUGGUUCCAGCAUCGCAGCACUAAGGUUGAAGGCUAAGGAGCACAUCCAUGCCAUGAAUAAAACCUGGAAGCCUCACAUUCACUUAAGGAUGGUCAACUAGAACAGGUGAUCAAAACAAAGAUAUUCUAUAUAAAGGAUGGUCAACUAGAACAGGUGAUCAAAACAAAGAUAUUCUAAAUAAAGGAUGGUCAACUAGAACAGGUGAUCAAAACAAAGAUAUUCUAAAUAAAGGAUGGUCAACUAGAACAGGUGAUCAAAACAAAGACAUUCUAUAUAAAGGAUGGUCAACCACAACAGGUGAUCAAAACAAAGACAUUCUAUAUAAAGGAUGGUCAACUAGAAGAGGUGAUCAAAACAAAGAUAUUCUAAAUAAAGGAUGGUCAACUAGAACAGGUGAUCAAAACAAAGGUAUUCUAUAUAAAGGAUGGUCAACUAGAACAGUUGAUCAAAACAAAGGUAUUCUAUAUAAAGGAUGGUCAACCACAACAGGUGAUCAAAACAAAGACAUUCUAUAUGAAGGAUGGUCAACUAGAACAGGUGAUCAAAACAAAGACAUUCUAUAUGAAGGAUGGUCAACCACAACAGGUGAUCAAAACAAAGACAUUCUAUAUAAAGGAUGGUCAACUAGAACAGGUGAUCAAAACAAAGACAUUCUAUAUGAAGGAUGGUCCACUAGAACAGGUGAUCAAAACAAAGACAUUCUAUAAAGGAUGCAAAAUUUCAACAUGAUCAAAACAAAGACAUUGUAUAAAAGAUGGUCAACUGCGACACGAUCAAACAAAGACAAUUCCAUAAAAAGGAUGGUAAACUUCAGCAGGUAAUCAAAACAAAGAUAUUCUGUAAAAGGGAUGGUGAACUUCAGAACAAAGACAUUCUGUAUAGUUUAUUAAUUUUUUUGUUAAUUUUAUUUAACCUUAAUUUAUUUAAGUCAGUUAAAGGGAUAUGGUCAACAGUAAUGCAUUAUGUAGGGAAUAGGGUGCCAUUUGGUUGGUGUUCUGUGUGUUUAAAAAGCUUAUUGUCUCCAUUAAGGUAUUUUUUCUUAUCACUUAUUUAUAUUUGCAUAUCUGUACACUGUAACUUCUUUCUGGAUGUGAAAUAAAAUGAACUUAUGUUUUGUUUUUUAAAUGAAUAAUUCAGAGGUGCUACCAUAUUGAAAAGUCAGUACUAGUGAUGUGAAAUGUUAUCAUUUUGGCAUUGAUUAUAGAUUGUUUACACCUAAUUGUCAAGCCCUGACCUUAGUUUAUUUUUUUUUGUCUCUAUUUUGGUUUGGUCAGGGCGUGAGUGUAACGGUUUUCCUCUUCCUCUUCAUCAGAAGAGGAGGAGCAGGGAUUGAACCAAUAUGCAGCGGAUUGUGAAGACAUGAUUUAUUAAAGAAAAACACGAAAACACGAACUUGACUAAUAAACUAACAAAACAACAAACGGUGUAGACAGAUCUGGACGACGGACUCACAUAACACACGAGAACGCACGAACAGGGAAAAAGCCUACACAUAAAUGACACUGAACAAACAAACCGAAAACAGUCCCGUGUGGCGCAACGACAUACACAAACACAGGAGACAAUCACCCACAACGAACACUGUGAAAACACCUACCUAAAUAUGACUCUUAAUUAGAGGAACGCCAAACACCUGCCUCUAAUUAAGAGCCAUACCAGGCAACCCAUAAACCAACAUAGAAACAGAAAACAUAGAAUGCCCACCCAAACUCACGUCCUGACCAACUAACACAUAUAACAAACUAACAGAAAUAGGUCAGGAACGUGACAUAACCCCCCCCAUAAGGUGCGAACUCCGGGCGCACCAGCACAAAGUCUAGGGGAGGGUCUGGGUGGGCAUCUAACCACGGUGGUGGCUCAGGCUCCUGGCGAGGUCCCCACCCCACCAUAGUCAAUCCCAGCUUCCAUCUCCCCCUAUGAAUGUCCACCCUCAUCUUACCCCCACAAAAUCCUUUUGGUAACAUCGACAACAGGGGCAGCACCGGGACAGAGGGAUAGAUCAAGACAGAGGGAUAGCUCAAGACAGAGGGAUAGAUCAGGAUAGAGAGGUAGCUCAGGAUAGAGAGGUAAAUCAGGAUAGAGGGGCAACUCCGGACUGAAAGGCAGCUCCGGACAGAGAGACAGCUCUGGACUGAGGGGCAGUUCUGGGUAAA